AUGCACAUAAGACCGCGUUGGCUUCUUUGGACGCUGCGGGUUUCCGUCACCCACACAAUAUCCUCGGUAUCAACUGUUCCCUGGUCCUUUUCAUGUUUACCAUCAGUCUGUCACCUCUGGCCAUCAAGUCUACCCUGCAUUGCUGUUGACAAAAUGGAUCAACAUCUCAGAUGCAACAAUCAAAAAGGUGGCUAUUGCCGCGCUGAACUUACCCACACGGCAGUAGUGACAACUUGCUCUCAUAUCUUCUGUCUCGACUGCUCAAAAAAGGUUGGCUUAGCCGAUGCUACUGCCGAGCAACGUACCUGCCCAGUCUGCAUGACUGCACUACCUCACAACGAUGAUGCCAUCCAAACUUUCCUCAGUCCUUCAGAAGAAUACAAGACCAGUAUCCUCAGUGGGCUGGAUCCAACUACCAUCAUGGAGUGUGCAUCGAGGGCUUUGUCUUUCUGGACAUAUCAGACCACACAAGAGAUUGCUUAUCAGCAUCAUGUCACGAAGAAUCUGACUGAGAGAUAUUCCCACCUCAACAACGCCCUGGAUAAAACCGUUCACGAUGCCAACGCAGAGAUUCAUGGCCUACAAACGCAAGUUUCAGAUCUCAACGUCGACCUCAAAGCUGCUGAGCAAAAGUAUGUAGAAGUGGUCGACCUAUACCGCGAUAAGAGCAGGAAAUUGGCACAAUCACAGAAGCUAUACGACACCCUCAAGAAGAAAUUUCAGGCCAAGGAAAUGGAGACAGCUGCGUCUGUUGAUGUCAACGAUACUCUCAAAAACAUUGACGCUGAGAGACGACCACCGCAUUCAAAUAACGUGACCGACGUGCCGCUGAAUCAUAAUCAUCGGAAUGAUUGCGACCGCAGGAGCUUGCCAGGCCCGUUUCCAGGUCCCGUUGAACAACUCCAUUCCCAUCAGAAAUCUGGAAGCAGUGUCUUAGGCCGUGAAAAUGUGGGCUUACAACCAUCGAAUAGAUCAAAGCAAAAUAGACUCCCAAGACUGGACACCGGGACUACCCCAGGACAUCGUCUGAGUUUACCCGGUACUGCUACCACUGCAGCGAAUCGAUCUCAGGUUCCUCCUGCGACUACCCAUGCUCAAUUGCAAAUGGCACAUGGUGUUGCUAGUGCACAACGUCGCCCUUCGAUCCCAGCACACCGAAACAAGCCAUCCCCUUCCUCAAGAGUUCCAGGUGGUGUUAUUUCGGGAAUUAAAUUCGGCGACGGAGGACGACCGCCGGCUAUAGAUCCGCCAACGAGGUUUGAUCAAUAUCGUGCACCUCAAUUCCGAGUUCCAGCCCAUCCUCAUUACCAGUACAAUCGCCAUGCUCCAACGCCAGCAUCCUAUCGAUGA